AUGCCUAACACCUUACACCACAGUAACGGCUCUGACUGUGCGGUUUUCUGCGAUGAGGGAGAAGUAGAGCCACAUUACGAAAGAGAUUGUCCCUGUACAAAGUCCGGCAUAUGGCUCGACGUGGUGGCUGCUAUUGACGUUUCGAAGGGUAUGACAUAUGAGGGCAUUACGCAGGUGAUAGCUACUCUCGUAACGGUGUUUGAUCCAAUAAAAAUUGCCCAAGGUGAAGGUCAACAUUCUCGGCUUUCAAUCAUUACCUAUGGAACAAAUGCGACCAUUAAAUUUAAACUUACUGAUUUCAAAUCUCAUGAUGAGAUGAUGGAUAAAAUCUGGGAUAUUGAGUGCACGACAGAUUCUAAAACAAAUCUGAAAGAGGGAUUGAUGAAAACACAAGAAGUUUUCGCAAAAGCUCAACUACGACACGAUAGGGAUAACGUUCAAGAGCUCAUUAUUAUAUUUGCCAGUGAAUAUAAGUGAGC